GAACACAAAUUUGGAGACACAAAUUGACUCACAGGGCAUUGGGAAGAAGGGCACAGGCAGAAAGUCAAGUGAAGAGAAACUUCUUCAGAUAUGAGCUGUUUUCUUCAUACAGUUUUUUAGUUUCUUUCCCAAUAAUUUGUUUUAAAUUUAUUUUACUGCUAACCUUUUAAGUAAUUAAGGUGUUUUUUGUUUUUUGAUUUUUUUUUUCUAAUAACUUCAAUAAUGAAACUGAGUGUGGGGAUAUUUUUUGGAGGCUUCUUUGCAGCUUUGGGGGUUUUGCUUUUUUUGGUGGCAUUUGGAACAGAUUAUUGGCUUCUUGCUACAGAAAUAGGAACUUGUUCAGAAGCACCCGAAGGUGCUGGGGGAGAGAAGGCCACUUUCCAUCAUGAAGGUUUCUUCUGGAGGUGCUGGUUUAGUGGAAAUGUAGGAGAUAAUAAUGGCAGCAUGUGGAAGUUUUGGUAUACCAACCAGUCACCUUCUAAGAAUUGCACACACGCUUACCUGUCCCCAUUUCCUCUUCUCCGAGAUGAACACAACUCCACCUCCUAUGACUCUGCAAUCAUUUAUCGAGGUUUCUGGACAGUUCUUAUGCUCCUGGGAGUACUCACUGUUGUGGCGGCUAGUUUCCUCAUCAUCUGUGCAGCUCCUUUUGCCAGUCACAUUUUAUACAAAGCAGGAGGAGGCUUUUUCAUCAUUGCUGGUGUCUUGUUUUCGCUGGUAGUCGUGAUGUAUGUCAUCUGGGUCCAGGCCAUGGCUGAUCUGGAAAACUACACAAACAUGAAAAAAAUGGAUUGCCCAGACUUUGCUGUUUAUGUACGUUAUGGCUGGUCAUUUAUGUUGGCUCCUAUAGGAGUAUUUUUUGCUUUAUUAGCAGGAAUGCUGUUCUUGUUGGUGGGGCGUGACAUUUAUUUACACUCAGACUAGUCAGACGCUGCUGAAGAGAAUACAGCAAUACUUGUGAAACUUUGUGACAUGUGUAUACUGGAACACAAUUUUGUAUAUUAUUACUAUUAUAGCAAUCUUAAAUGUGCAGGCAGCCUUCAUGAAGUUCUUCUAUUACUUUUUCAAGGGUAAGGGACACAAAACUCAGUACAGGAAGAAACGACCUUUAGUCCCAACUAGUUGUUUUUAAUUCUUUAGAAAGUACACGUGGUUCUUCACAUUGUACUAUUAGCAGCAUUUUUGUAGGCUAACAAACAGAAGAAAAUUUUUUUCUGCAAGUAAAUCAUGAAUAUGAAUUGUCUCGAAUCAACAUUUUAUACAUUUAUCUUUUAGCAUUUACACUGUUCUUCUGUUUGUAGAGAAUGGCACAAGGUAGAGGAGAAGGCAAACAUUCAAACACAGUAAUUCAAUCUACCUCCUCUCCUGUUUUCCACUACUUGCCUUAGCUUUAAUGGCAGCAAACAUGUCUGCACUUUAUAAAAAUAGAGUGCAGUUGUUCAUGCAGCAUCCAUAGGAAGAGGACUGGAGAGAAGACAAUUGCCAUGAAUGUGUAAAAGCUUAACUGUUCUAUUACCCAUUUCUCUUCUCUGUAUGCAUUUGAAAGCUGUAUACUUUGUAUUCUGAAAUCCAUGUGUUGCAUGAUUCUGUAAGCCAAAAUGCCAUAGUAGAAUCAUUAUCUGAAGUUAUGCCAAAAUUGCAUUUUGAGUUAUAGCAUUAAUAUUUUAAUUAAAUUUUAACCCUUUUAUUUUUCAGUGGAACAGAGAGAGUUGGCUCCUCUAAACAAUAUUUUCAUGGUUGUGUAAAAUUAAUUUUUUAUUAAAAAAGAUUUACUAUCAAGACAAUAUUUAGGACAUGAAAA